AUGUUCUCUAACCUGACGAGCUUCGUGCAAAAGGCUCAGCAGUUCAUCGACCCGACACAGGGCCUGAAUCUUUCCAAUUCCGACCGUAAUCCUUCCAAGGCAACUCUUUUCCAGGGCCAGUUUCGACUUCCCUCAUCCCAGCAUCCAGUGUACGAGAUCAAUGCCGAGCUUACAAUCCCUCCGUCCAACAUAACCCACGGAGACCGGGACCAUGAGAGAGGAUGGCAUUACGCAGGCAAGCUUCACCUGUCUGAGGCAUACAUGUGCUUCUCAACAACGCCAUCGAGCUUUGCUCAGUCCGCCAGCACAUCAACCUCGCAGGCCUUCACCGGUCAAACCCAUGGCGGUGGACCCAGUGGUAACGGCUUCACAUUCCCGCUCUGUGCUAUCCGCAGGGUGGAGAGGUUGAACAGCCAGAACUUUCAGUUUGCUCUCGCUUUUACGACAUGGAACGGACUCUUGUUCGACGACUCGAAAGAUAAGGACGGCAAGAAAGACAAGAAAGAUGGCAGAGAGCAACGGAUAAUCAUACAUCUUGCUGGGACUCGACAGGCAUGUGAGAGAUUCUGCGAUGGCCUCAAGAGGGGUCUUAAGGCGGGGGUUGGCAGCGUCGGAAAGCUACGUGGUGUUGUUGCCGAAAACUAUUCCGAAUACCUCCUGCGAACGGACGAAAAGAAGAACGCAACCGCUCCUGACGCUGGCCUUGGAAUGAUGUUCCGAUAUCCUGGCGAUGCCAAAAAGCUCAGAGACCGCUCAAAGAUGCGACUGUGGGCAGAAUAUCUUCGAGACAACGGCCGUAAUGUUACCUUGAUUCGGCAACCCACGUUCCAUAAGCUAAUCCGCGUUGGUCUUCCCAAUCGCUUGAGAGGUGAAAUAUGGGAACUCACCUCUGGCUCGAUUUUUCUGCGAUUGGAGAACCCAGCACAGUACAAACAGACACUGGAUAAAUUCGAAGGCCAAGAGUCUCUUGCCAUCGACGAGAUUGAAAAGGACUUGAAUCGAAGCUUGCCAGAGUACCCCGGUUAUCAAAGCGAGGAGGGUAUUGGGAGACUUCGUCGAGUUUUAACCGCCUACAGUUGGACCAACGCAGAAGUUGGCUAUUGUCAGGCUAUGAACAUCGUCGUUGCAGCACUGCUGAUAUACAUGUCAGAAGCACAGGCUUUCUAUCUCCUCUCCACUCUGUGCGAGCGACUAGUUCCGGGAUACUAUUCUACCACCAUGUACGGCACACUUCUCGAUCAAAAAGUCUUUGAGUCGCUCGUGGAGAAAACCAUGCCGAUCCUGUGGGAGCAUCUUGUCAAGAGCGAUGUACAACUAUCUGUUGUCUCCCUGCCAUGGUUUCUAUCACUGUAUAUCAACUCUAUGCCCCUUGUAUUUGCCUUCCGAGUCCUGGACGUGUUCUUCGUUGAAGGACCCAAGGUCUUAUUCCAGGUUGGACUCGCCAUUUUGCGUAUCAAUGGCGAAGAGCUUCUCGACGCGACGGAUGAUGGAACCUUUAUCAGCGUCCUGAAAUUGUAUUUCUCCCGUCUCGACGAAUCAGCCCACCCCAAGUCGGAGAAUCCCAAGCUCCGCGCCGUGACUCGUUUUCAAGAGCUCAUGGUGGUUGCGUUCAAAGAGUUUUCUGGCAUCACACACAGCAGCAUUACGGAACUCAGGUUGAAGAAUAAGGACGCCGUUCUCAGUAACAUUGAGAACUUCGCCAAACGAACUGCCAUCCGUAACCUGGGUCCUGAUAGCAAACUUCUUGCUGCCGAUGAAUUAGCUUCGUUGUAUGAUCGAUUUUACAACGUCCUAUACGAUCGGCAGCAACGAGACAUGAUUAUUCAGGAGGAGCGGAAGCGGAGGGCAAAGAUCAUCAGAUCUCGCGCGUCUGAUCUCUUCCCCAACGCAAGUACAGAAAAUGAAGUUGAGAAAGGCCGCGUUGCUCUCGGGCCAAGCACCAGUUUGAUGGACUAUGAUGCCUUCCGCGAAUUUCUAGCUUCUCUAGCUAAAUGGGCAAUUUCAGACUCCCCUGGACAAUCACGAUUCGACUCGAGUUUCGACUCUGAUAGAACUCCAAAGUACCAGAGUGCCCGAAGAGCUGCAGAUGCAUUCUCGCCGUGGGGAACAGGCCCGGAGCCAGCUGAACAUGAUUUCCUACGACGCACGUUCAAAAACUGGGAUGUUGACGGUAAUGGAGCCUUAACCCUUCAGAACGUGGUCACCGGGCUUGCCAAAAUCAAAGGGAAGCGGGACAUUAUGGGGACUAUCAAUUACUUCUUCGAGCUAUACGAUGACGAUGGCGACGGUAGAGUAGACCGCGAAGGAAUUUUACGUAUAUCUGAAGCCUUGCUCUUCCUUUCUCGCCGCGGGCUUGAAGGAUCACUCAGUCCAGGUGCCUCCAAUCUUAACCUGAGCGGGGAAUCAACGACUGCGCGGGAAUCUGGAGGGAGCUUGCCACCCGGGGCUUCAACGAAUGAGCGAUUCUUGGGUAGUGUUAGCGGGUUCAUUCGGCGUUGCUUUGAAUAUGCGGACCCUGAUCGUCCUGGCAAUGAGGAAACGGAGAAGGUCCCAUCAAAAGAACAACAGGAGGGCGGUAGUGGUGAAGCCUUCGCCAUCGGCGACGAUGACGAUGACGAAGACGAAGACGAAGACGAAGACGAAGACGAAGACGACCUUCUCGGCCCAGAUUCGCCUACAGUGUCACCCAGCAAGGCCAAGCUGCCAUCGUCGCUGUCUCCCGCGGACGAUCAGGUAGCCGGUAGGAAUGCGUCGCAACGGCGGGCAUCCAAGUCCGAAGCCGCCAAUGCAGCUCUGGACCCAGCCCACCCACUUCAUAUCACACUCCCCACAUUCAGAAUGGUUGUUCUUGCAGACGAGCUUCUCGAGCAGUUUUUCGAGUCUUCGUUUCCUUCGUCUUUCCACGUGAUUGAGGGCAUUCAGGCGGCCUCAGCAUCUGCUUCAAGUUCCGGGCUCACCACAUUCCAGAGCCUCGGCUUCGGCGCGAGGGCACCAGCACCCAUACAACCUGGGCCCCCUGAAGCCGGCCGUGGCUUGCGCGGUAUGCUCGACGGCAUUGUCACGGAUGGCAUGCGCGUUGCAACCGAAGUUCGACGUCGUAUGGAAGAGGCGCAGAAAGAACUUGAGAAGAAUGCUCUACCUGGCCAACGACCCGAUGAUGAAGAGGACGAUGACGAGGAUAUCGGGGUUGCUGUUGGCGUCCGAGGAAAUGCAGCAGGGACCAGUGCUGAUGUAGACCGAAGGUCAGUCAAAAGCAGCGAUCUCGAUCUACUCAGUGGGGCAGACGCAGAAGCUGGAUCCUACAAAGAAUCAGGGCAGAGUCUCAUCGAUGUGGAUUCUAAACCGCUACCUGCAAGACCAAUGGAAAUAAACGAGCCUGGCGUCGUGGAGUUUGAAGGUUGA